AAUCUGAGAAACCAGCCAACCGCUCCCACACGUUUUGCCGAAAAAGAAAAAUAAGAAGAAACAAAAUCACGUCCCACGCCCCAUACGCCCCGCCGCAUCGCUCCAGAUCCUCUCACCGCAAAAAAAUCGCCGCUGCCUAUGCUCGCCGCCCUGCCCCCACGCGUCACCUAGGCGGCCUAGAUCUCGACCCGCCGCCACUCACCCUCGAGUAGAAGCACCAUGCGCGGCCAUCCGCCUCGGCCGCUUCCAUAUGCCGCAACCCAACGUCGCCCAACUGGAGCGCCGCCGCGCCAGCUCGCCAUAGCACCAAGCGCAUCCCCUACCGCAAAUGUCUUGGCUAGCCGCCGCCCCAGCCAGUCGCGUAUGGUCAGGUGCGGGCCGACGGCCUCCUCCCGGAGACCCGGACUCGAUCUUCCCCACAUCCUCUCCGGUCCCCAUAUCCAGGAGAGACAGCGGGGGCACGGCCCAAGAUCGGCGACAGGGCACGAGCGGACAUUGGAGAGACGAGAUCGACAGGUUACCAGCAGAAGCUGCCCACUCCAGGAAGAAACGAACUGCAAGAAGUGCACUUGGUGGUGUUGCGUUGGACUAGCUGGUGUUCCGUUGGAAGGAAGACGAAUCUUAGUUCCUUCUGUUGGGCGACCAUGGUCCGCACAAUGACCGAAGGCAUCGUGAAUAGGUUUUUGAGCUCCGCGAAGGCCGAGAUGCUUCAAAAGAACGAGACG